CCUCGGGGUCUGCGCUGGAAACAGCCAACUCCUUGCAGGCUUUCUCCACCUCUUCUGCUCACUGGCUCCAUUCUUUACCGCUCCCCACUCCAGGAGGAGACAGUGCUCUUAGGCCGAGGACAGUGAGCUUAGGCCUCUGUCUUAUGCAGCGAGGUGUCAGGAAUGCUGUUGAGUAGCUAACUGUGUGGGCAGGAGGCUGCAAGGGGGGGUUGAGAGUCCUAGGAGAAAACAACCAGUGCUCUAGCUCUGCUGUGUGACUUGGGAAGUCUGCUGACUUCUCUGGGCCCCGCUUUUCUGUGAGAGAGGUUCUUAGUGGUUAUUAUGGGCUUCCCAGGUGGCACUGGUGGUAAAGAAUCCACCUGUCAAUGCAGGAUACGCAAGAGAUGUGGGUUCAAUCCCUGAGUCAGGAAGAUCCCCUGGAGUAGGAAAUGGUAACCCUCUCCAUUAUUCUUCCCUGGAAAAUUCCAUGGACAGAGGAGCCUGGCAGGCUACAGUCCAGGGGGUCACAACUGAGCACACACGCUCCCCAUAAGGAGUAAACAGAUUGUGUGGGAUAGCACUUAGGAAAAUAGGAAGCUGUAAGGAGUGUGUGUGUGCGUAAUGGGCUUCCCAGGUAACUCAGUGGUAAAAAAUCCGCCUGCAAUGCAGGAGACGUGGGUUUGAUCCCUGGGCUGGGAAGAUCCCCUGGAGAAGGAAAUGGCAACCCACUCCAGUAUUCUUGCGUGGGAAAUCCCACAGACAGAGGAGCCUGGUGGGCUAUCGUCCAUGGGGUCAAAAAGAGUCAGACACAACUUAGCAACUAACCAACAGCAUGGAGUGUGUGUACCUCAGGUUACCGACCAAACCUUGGGCUCACCUUGUGUGGCUGCAUGUUUCACUGCCAGUGGUUGGAUAGCUUCUCUGUCCUUUUGGUUUUCCUUUUGAAAUAACUAUUUUUGAUCCUUGUAAUAUCUCCAGGCCAGAAGAGCUCAUGCCACCUAUCUAUUUCCUUUCCCCAAACAGCCCUUUUCAUUGCAAACUGUUCAGAAACCAGUGGCUCCUCAUUUCCCACCUUAUCGUGGCCCCACCCCCCUGUCUGGUUUUUCUGGCUCUACCUGGUUCAGUAAGCCUCAAGCCUCAUCCAACUCUCCACAGCUUUGGUUCCCCUUCAGUCAUGUUGGUCUGCUCACCACCCAUGAGUGUGAGACUCCUUCCCGUCUAUACCUGGCCUGACCUGACUUGAAGGGGGGCAGCUCCCUGCACUCCUGCCAUCCAUGCCCACCCUUCUUCAAGGCCCAGGGCAGGAGUCCGCUCUCUCUUGAGACCUUGCCUGAGCACAUUAACCCUUAUUUAUUCAUCACCUUCUCCAAAUUUGUGUAAUGCUUGUAAUUGUCUCUUAAAAUUUAACUGCUAAUCACUUUGAGCUUUAUUAAUUUGCUCGUUUAUUUGCAUUAGUCCUGUUUCCCUGAGUUUUCCUUUGUAUUCCCUGCAAGCGGAGCCCAGGAGUUCUCUUUUGGCAUCUCCUACAGCCUUCGGCACAAAUGCCGAGCAUCAGGCUGAGGAUGUCAGCUUCCUUUACCACCCCUGUGCCCACCCCUGGCUGAAGCUCCAGCUUGCCCUCCUCGCCCACACUUGUGUGGCCCAGCCCUUACUGGCCUCUGACUCCAGCCUCACCCAGGAUCGGCCCCUUGUACUGGCAGCAUGGGGGUUAGCGCUGGAGAUGGCGUGGGUGGAGCCGGCCCGGGCUGCCCACUGGCUGAAGAGGAGGCAGCGGCGGAAGCAGAGGAGAGAGAAAGCUGGGUUCCGUUCUGACACUGUUCCUGGGCCCCCUUCCUUGGUGCCCACGCUGGGCAGGGGGAGGCUGUGCCAUCGGCGAGGGUGUGUGCAGGCCCCGGCUUUGGCCUUUACUCUGAGGAGCUGGCGGCCACCCGGCGUGGAGGUGGAAUCUAGCAGACCUGGGCAGCUCUUUGCUAGUGGUGCCAGGAGACGUGGGCUGCGGGCCGCCUUAGGUCUCCAGCCCACCCCCUCAGCCCCGAGGUUCCCCUCUGUUUCCCCAGGGAGCUUGGAGGCCAAGCAGCCCAUGUUGGGACCUCAGGGUGAAGGCGAUAAUGCCCGGUCUGUGCCCACUAGCCCACUGCUGCCUGGGGGACCAGGAAGCAAUGUCAGCUCCAGGCUGGAUGCUCAGCCGCCCAAAGGGCAGAACAGCCCUGGGGGCUGUGCCUGUCCGGGUCAGGCUUCCUCAGCCCCUCGGGCAGCAGCGCCACCAAGGGCCGCCCGCGGCCCCACCCCUCGCACGGAGGAGGCCGCCUGGGCGGCCAUGGCCCUGACUUUCCUGUUGGUGCUGCUCACGCUGGCCACGCUCUGCACUCGGCUGCACCGAAACUUCAGACGCGGGGAGAGCAUCUACUGGGAGCCCACGGUGGACAGCCGGGACACCGUGGCUGCUGUGCUGAAGCGGAGGCUGCUGAUGCCCCCUCGCCGGGUCAAGCGCUCCCGCCGGAGACCCCUCCUCCCGCCCACGCCAGACAGCGGCCCGGAUGGGGACAGCUCCGAGUGACCUGCACCAGCCCUGCCGCUGUGGCAGGUCCGGCUCCUCCCCGCGCCGGAGGCCGCGACCUCCGCCACGUGGCCCGCGCGCGGGGCCGCCCCCUGGCGGCCGGAGGGAGCAGUCACGCCCAAGCGCGGCAGAUGGGCUGGUCCUUAGUGUGUGGCUUGUUGGGAGGAACGGGGAGGAGGAGGAGGAGAAAGGAGCAGUUUCAGCCUCCGUUGCAAAAACUCCGUUUUUAUUAAAUU